AUGUCCCACAUGCAGAAGCAUGAGCAAGGCCUUGAAGGCCAGCUGGGGAAGGAAGUUCUUACAGCUAUGGAGAUGUGUACCACAGGGGAGGUACUUGCUGCUGGGGAUUCCCAGGAAAUAUGUUCAUCAUUUGCUUCCAUCCAAGCCAUUCCAUCAAGCAAAGCAAUUGAAGAAGGUUCUGGUGAUCAUGGAGAGGGUGAUCAAAGCCCCUCAAAGGCAUACCUAUAUUCUAAGGUUUUGCUCAGUAGUGCACUUCAGAAGAAGGUGAAUGAGUUGGUGAAGUUUCUGAGUUUCAAGUAUACAAUAAAUGAGCCUGUCACAGAAGUGGAAAUUCUGAAGAGUGUUGUCAAACCUUACGACGACUACUAUAUGAUGAUCUUCAAGCAUGCCUGUGAAUGCAUGGAAGUGUUCUAUGCCAUUGAAGUAAAGGAAGUGGAUGCUUUCAACCACUCCUACAUGCUCCUGAAAAUGCUUGACCUCACCUAUGAUGGCAAGUUGAGCAAUGACGAGGGCAUACCCAAGACGGGCCUCCUGAUGCUUACCCUUGGUGUAAUCUUUAUGGAGGGCAACCGUGCCACUGAGAAGAAGAUCUUGGAGGUGCUGAAUACAGUUGGUGUGUAUCCUGAUCAGCAUGAGUUUAUAUGCAGGAAUCCCAGAAAGUUUGUCACUGAAGAGUUGGUUUUAGAGAAUUACCUGGUGUACCAGUUAGUACCCCACAGUGAUCCUCCAUCCUAUGAGUUCCUGUGGGGCCCAAGAGCCAAUGCUGAAACAAGCAAGAUGAAAGCCCUGCAGUUCUUCUCCCAGGUUGCUGGGAGUAGCCCUACUUCCUUCACAGCUUUGUAUAAGGAAGCUCUGCAAGAUGAAGUGGAGAAUGCCCAGGCUCUACUGGCCUCCGUAACCAAUAUUAAUGUCCCGGACAAUUAUGGUUCUGGGAACAAGUCCAGCACUGUCUCCCACCCUGAAUAA